GCGUGGUCGGCUGUGCCGCGGAGGUGCGCCGAGCCAGCCGAGCCAAUGCUCCCCGUCGGCUCCCCCGAGAUGGAACCUCCUUCCGGCAGCUCUCGCCGGAGAAACGGAGGGUAGAGCCAAGUAAGAGAGGCUGACCGGUCAUCCCCGGCCGGCCAUGAGUUCCCGCGGGCGGCGCUCAAAUUGUGAAGAGCUGAUCCGACGACGAGUGGUUGCUCUGCGCCCGGUCCGGCAGGAGCCUCGCUAGGGAGUCUCGGUACUCGGAACGGUUCCGCAAGGAAUUCGACCGACCACGAGCUCCCCCGCCGCGCCCCUCCCUGUCCCCGCCUCCUCCUCCUCCUCCCUCUUCAUCCUUCUCCGGAGCUUCUGCUGCCCCUCUUUUUGACUCUUCUGCUGCCACUCCGUCCGCUAGAACUGCUUGGCACCAUGCUGCUCCGUCUAGGAUCCACUCUGUACGGCUUGGCUCCUACCUUCCUCCUGUUAUUGACCUUGCCCUUUGGAUCUUCAAUGUGUCCUAUGCUUUGCACCUGCUACUUUUCCCCACCCACAGUUAGCUGCCAGGCCAAUAACUUCUCCUCUGUGCCACGGAUACUACCAUCUAAUGCUCAGCGCCUCUUUCUACAAAACAACCUGAUUGGGACCCUGAGACCUGGGAUGUUUGGGCCUAGCCUCAUCACCCUCUGGCUCUACUCCAACAAUAUCUCCUCCAUCCACUCUGGCACUUUUCGCCAUCUCCAGGUUCUUGAGGAGCUGGACCUGGGGGACAACCGCAAUUUGCGCACUCUUGAACCAGAUACUUUCCGUGGACUUGAACGGCUGCAGUCUUUGCACCUUUAUCGCUGUCAGCUUAGCAGCCUCCCAGACACCAUCUUCCGCAACCUUUACAGCCUCCAAUACCUCUAUCUUCAGGAAAACAACCUGCUUUGCCUACAGGAUGACCUUUUUGUGGACUUGGCUAAUCUGAGCCAUCUUUUUCUGCACGGGAACAAAAUUUGGAAGCUCUCAGAGAACGUCUUCCGUGGUCUGUCUGGAUUAGACCGCCUGUUGCUGCACCGGAAUCACCUGCACUCAAUUCCUGCUUGGGCUUUUCGUGAUUUGGCCAAGCUUACCAUUCUGUAUUUGUUCAACAACAGCCUGACAACUCUGUCUGGAGAAACACUCUCAGAUUUGCCCUCCCUGGAGUUUCUGCGUCUCAACAACAAUCCCUGGGCCUGUGACUGCCGUGCCCACUCCCUUUGGUCCUGGUUCCAGCGCACGCAUGUCUCCACCUCAGAUGUGAUAUGUACCUCUCCUGCAGAACGCAAGGGCCAUGACAUGCGCUAUCUGAAUGAAGCAGUCUUUCAAGGCUGCCCUCCGACCAAUCAUCACCCUUUUGAGUUUGACUGGAGCUGUAGGCCUGAAUGGGAGAGUGGACCAGCUCACCCACAUCCUCGACCUCACCCCCAUCCUCACCCUCACCCUCACCCUCACCCACAUCCCAAUGGCUCAUCUAAUCAUCUCUAUGGCCUUGGAGGAUCCCCUCCUGCUGAUCCUUCCUCCUUCUAUAGGGACAUCCCAGCCAAUGACAUCCAGAGCCCCAAGUAUGAUCCACCUACAGAAGAUGACUACUGGGGGAGUUAUGGUAAUGGAGAAGGAAGCCAACUGAAAAAAGGAUGCCUAGGAACUGCUUGUUCUUCUCUGGACUCUGGAGCAAUCAGGAUUGGCUUCCUAUCAUUUUUCCUUUCCUAUCUAUUAAUUCUGUUGGAACUUUCAUAGUUUUGACAAUGCAGGGUGGUUACUCUACUGAUUGCUAGUAGAGUCUGGGAACUUUGAGACUGUGGGAGGCUGGAUCCCUACCCAGCACUUAGCUGAGGCCAAAGUUAUUCACCUUCACCCUAACCCAGGGGUAAAGGAAGACUGACUAGGUCUGUUACUGCUGCUGCUUUCCUGGCCAAUUGUGAGACUUGAAGCCACUUUCUAUGUGGCACCUGUUAUAUUUCAUGAACAUAUGACAAGGGCAACCCGUUUUUUAUUUCUAGAGUGUUGCAAAACUCUCCUAUUAGAGAUGUUCCUUAAAUUCUACUGCUUCUUGGGCGUGUAAGGAACCUUCUAUCGUCUCCAUAUCCUCUACAGGGCAAGGAUCUCUUCUGUGCAUGAGAAGGAACCAUGGAACGGAUGAGGACCUGUUUUUUUCAGAGCCUCAAUUCUUUUAACAAUAUCCUUUCACGCAUAUAAGUGCCUGCUCUGUCUCAUAGGAUAGGACCCCUCAACUAAAGGAUACAACAUCCUCUUCCAGAACUAAAGAAAACAAUCAAAAUUUGGGGCUCUGAUCACUUUGACUUGUCAUUAUUCAGUGGUUUUUAAAUUAUCUGAGGGCACCCCAGGGGAGCAAUUCACACACUUAAUUGUAAUGUUGAUCAUCUUAAUUGGUAGGAGUGUGAUGAUGGAAGGUUGUUCCACUGGCUACUGAAACUGGAAAUUGGUGUAUGACUCUCGAGUAGAUAGGCAACCAUCCAGCUUCUCAGUAAACCACAUUAAAUACUCUAGCAGUGGGUUUUCUGCAUUGACAAGAGGUUAGCUCAGACCUGCCUUCCCCAGUCCAGUGACAUCCAGACAUCAUGAACUAAAACUCCCAACACCUUCAGCCAGCAUGGUCAUUGGUUAUGUCUAUUUGGUUUGACAGGAACUGUCAUCUGACACAAGAGGGCACCAGGCUGGGGAAGGCUGGACUCAGUGAUUUUUGCAGUCCCUUCAGUUCUGUAAUUAAAUCUUUAGGCAAAGGUUGCAAUCAUAUGAUAAAUUCAUGUGAAUUGAUCUUUAUUCAUAAAGACUGGUCUUAAUUUUGA